AUGGCAUUAGCUGAGACCAUAUUAAGAAAGGUCCAUAAACUUGGAUUAAUAUCUAAGUUAAUAAGGCUAUUGCCAACAUUUUCUUUGUUGUUGAUGGUUUCUAGUAUAUUAUGGUUGUUUUAUUUACCUCUCGAUGGUAAUUAUAGAAAUACAUAUAUAUCAGAAAAUGCAUUGAUGCCAGCUCAGGUAACAUCUUAUUUCAGAGAAAGCGAAUGGAACUUUGUGAGAGGAUAUCGACAUGAAAUACACUUGAUUGAAGAAGAGCCCAUUGACAAGAAAAACAAGAUUAUUGAGGAGUGGCUCAAAGAUAUCGGUUUGGUGACCACGUAUCAUAAAAAUGAAAGGUAUCACGACACUUUGUACUCCGUAAUGCAUGCUCCUAGAGGGGAAGACACAGAGGCCAUGGUUCUAGUUGCGCCUUGGAUAACUUCCGAUGGUGAAUUCAAUGAAGGUGGAAUUGCAUUAUCUCUUGCUUUAGCAAGAUAUUUCAGCAAAAUGUCUAUAUGGUCUAAAAACAUUAUAAUCGUUUAUCCUGAAAAUGCUCAAUUUCCUUUGAGAUCAUGGGUCAAUGCUUAUCAUACUUCACUUGAUGUCACAGCUGGCUCUAUAGAAGCUGCUAUCAUUAUAGAAUAUGCAAAAAAUGGCGACUACUUUGAUUACUAUGAGGUGAUGUAUGAAGGCUUAAAUGGCCAGCUUCCUAAUCUCGAUUUGCUUAACACGGCUAUUCUGAUUGGUACCCAAGAAGGAUUGAAAUGUUGUAUUCAAUCGACACCGGUUGAUGAACUCGAAAAAAAUACUUAUUACACGAGAGUAAGAACUUUGUUCCAGGGAGUAAUCAGUUUAGUUCUCUCUGGUCUUAAAAAAAAUACCCCAGGUUGUGAAGCAUUUUCAGGUUGGCAGAUUCAAGCGUUUACCCUCAAGGCAAAGGGUUCUCGUGGACCGCACGAUGUCACGCAGUUUGGAAGGAUUGUUGACUCAACUUUCAGAUCAGUUAAUAACUUAUUGGAGCGUUUUCAUCAAUCCUUCUUUUUUUACUUAUUAUUAUCUCCCAGAAACUUUGUUUCAAUUGGUACUUACUUGCCUUCAGCGGUAUUAGUUGCUAUCUCAUACGCACUAAGCUCAUUAAGCUGUUUAUUGAAUUGUAAUGUUCAAAAUAACGAGCAUUUGACGGCCAUAAGCCAAUUAUUGACCUUAUUCACAUCUCUUGAGGUAUUUAAUCUUGUUUUGUCGUUGGUUUUACCCCUGAUCUUACGCUUGUCUCAAAGUGGAGAUGAUCUCGUGGCAUAUAUUGCUGGUAGUCUUUUCGGUAUUAGCAUAUUGUUGUCGUUAGGUCCUUUUUUUGAGGUCCCUAAAAGAAUUAGGCUCAAAAGAACUUUAGCAUAUUCUUUGAUGGCGUUGUCUUUAUUCUUUAUUUCAAUGCUAAUCACUACACUAUUAAUAGUGAAUUUUUCACUUGCCAUGGUUAUUGGGUUUUUGUCAUUCCCAAUGAGUUUUAUCCAUACUACGAUAGGGGAGCAAUACGCAAGCGGUGCUAACUUGUCCAAGAAAUUAAGAGCAAAGCUAAAGAUAGCACUUUGCCUAAUAGCAUCGAAUCCAUUUGUAAUUGUUUAUAUAUAUGAUAUUUCAUCUCUGGCUCCUGGCGAGUUCCCAUUACUGCGUGGACUUUUAACGUCUUGGGAUGAAUUGCAAUGUUGGACUUGGUUUCUUGUUAUGCUAGGUUGGUUUACUGCAUGGCUUGGGGUCUGUAUGGCCUGCUGGCUUGGAGAGUUCGAGAUAGAGACUCCCAGCUCUGAGAAAAAGGUACAAUGA